AAAUUUAUUUUACAAACAUUCAGAUUGUACUAGGGUUAGUGUUGGAAUUCACACGAAAUCAUAUGUGUAUGCGCCUUUUGCCUCGCGACGUUGCGCUACAUUCGAUAAAUUUGGAUAAUUUACACAAAAGGGCAUGAAAUUAUUCUCUCCUCUAUGUUGGUUAUUUUUUUCAUGAAUGAUUGAUUCAUUGUUUAAACGAUGUUUUAAUUAAUUAACUAUUAAAACGAAUAAAAUAAAAUCACAACAUUGAAUAUAUAUGUGACGCCGUCUUGAGAAGAAUAAACUAGUUGUGUGAAAUUUUUAUCACAUAUAUAUUUCAACAUGUUUCAACGUUAUAAAAAUCUAUGCUUAACAUCAAACAUACAAUCAAGAUAUAAAAGUAUAUUAUUAAAAGCUGAAGCAAAAGAGAGAAGAAAUUUGUUAUUUGAAGAGGAGAAGAAAAGACAAAGAAGCACUGUGGGACGAAUUGAAAAGAUAGAAGUUAAAUAUCAAUCAUCUGUAGAAGACAUAACACUUAUAAUGAACAAAAGUAUAUCAACCCCUACAGAUUGUGCAAAACAUAUCUCUGAAGGUGUAUCUAAAGUGUCUGCUCUUGCUAUGGUCGAUGGGUUACCGUGGGACAUGAACAGACCUCUAUUACAAAGUUGUGAAUUAAAGCUUUUAAAUUUGCUUAGCCCAGAAAACAAAAUAGUAAAUGCAGCCUUUUGGCGAACUUGUUCUUUUAUUUUGGGUGCUGUUAUAGAUAUGGCCUUUAAAUCAGAUAUAACAGUUCACUUACACAGCUUUCCCAUACCAGUCAUAAAAUCAGGUAGUUUUAUAUAUGAUGCGCAUGUUGAUUUGGCUGAUUGGAAGCCUACAGAUCAAGAAAUGCGUGCCUUAUCUGCUCAAUAUGUAAAGCUGAUAAACAAGGAAUUGCCUAUAGAUAGGAUAGAGGUUUCAGAAAGUUUAGCGCUUGACAUGUUCCAGGAUAACCCUAUUAAAAUGUCACAAAUACCAGAAAUCGCAAACAGUAACAAUAAUAAAAUUACUUUGUAUAGAAUCAAUAAUCAUAUAGAUAUUAGUAAAGGACCUAUGAUAGGAAACAGUUCGUUGAUAGGACGUUGUACAAUUGCUGCUGUCCACAAAGUUUCAGAGCAGGAAAAUCUGUAUAGAUUUCAAGGUGUAGCACUUCCCAAAGGAAUUCUUUUAAACCAAUAUGCGUAUGGCAUAUUGGAAAAUCGCGCUAGAAAAUUGAACACUACAACAUGGUCGUCCUUAUUCGAGGAAGAUAACGAGGAGGCGAGUACCGAAAUUGUUGGUAGAAACUGACCUUAGUACGCCAAAUAUAUAGUGUAAAUAAAAAUGCAUACUUUCGGUACGAAUCUUCGUAAUUACAAUAAAACACAUUUAUACAAAUAUUAA